AUGACCGGACGAGGCAAGGGUGGCAAAGGAUUGGGAAAAGGAGGCGCCAAACGUCAUCGAAAAGUCCUUCGUGAUAACAUCCAGGGGAUCACCAAGCCGGCAAUCCGGCGUUUAGCUCGACGUGGAGGCGUGAAACGUAUCUCCGGGUUGAUCUACGAGGAAACGAGGGGUGUACUGAAGGUAUUCCUCGAGAACGUGAUCCGUGACGCGGUCACCUACUGCGAGCACGCCAAGCGCAAAACGGUGACUGCUAUGGACGUGGUGUACGCGCUGAAGCGCCAAGGCCGUACUUUGUACGGCUUCGGAGGC